AUGGAUACUGAUGGUAGGUGGACUCUUCAAGGCAAUACUGCCAUUGUUACUGGAGGCACUCGAGGCAUAGGGCAUGCCAUUGUAGAAGAAUUAGCAAGUUUUGGAGCAAAUGUUUAUACAUGUUCACGUAACCAAAUGGAGCUUGAUGAAUGUCUUAGACAAUGGAAAGCAAAAGGUUAUAAAGCUGGAGGGUCUAUGUGUGAUUUACAAUCAAGAUCUCAACGAUUAAAGUUUAUGGACAAUGUUAGCAGCUAUUUUGAAGGAAAAAUCAAUAUUCUUAUAAAUAAUGCUGCUGUGGUUUUAUCAAACAUAGCAACAGAAUACACUCAUGAAGAUUACAACACUAUGAUGGGCACAAAUUUUGAGGCUUCUUACCACUUAUCUCAACUUGCACAUCCCUUCUUAAAAGCCUCAAAAAAUGGAAGAAUUGUAUUCAUUUCUUCUGUUGCUGGCUUUGUCUCUCUGCCCUUAUGUUCCAUUUAUUCAGCAGCUAAAGGGGCAAUAAACCAAUUGACAAGGAGUUUGGCAUGUGAAUGGGCUAUGGACAAUAUUAGAGUUAAUGCAGUUGCACCAUGGGUGAUCAAAACUUCUCUCAUCGAAAAAGAUCUAGAAAUGAAUAAAAGGAUCAAUAAAUUAGUGAGUCGAACUCCUAUUGAUGGUCGAGCUGGAGAGCCAAAAGAAGUAUCAGCCAUGGUUGCCUUCCUUUGCUUACCAUGUGCUUCAUAUAUCACUGGCCAAAUUAUGUGA